GCGGCUGCUUCAUUUUAGCUUUUUAUACAUUAGACCUUCAUGUGCUUCCACUUCAUUUCACGGGUCCUGAUUCUCUUUAUAUGUUCAACAACGGCAAUUUGUCCCCAGCGAACUUCCACUUGCUCCACUCUUUGUCUUAAGCUGCAUCACAAUAUCCAAAGUUCCAAAAACCAUGCCUGUCCUUACUUCCUCUUCUUCUUCUUCUUCGUUUGCAUUCACUUGUUUGACCAUUUUCUUGCUGCUUAUUCUGCACAAUAGUACUGCAAUUUCCUCAUCCAAAACCGCCGCCAAUGUGACUCAUCGAAGCCGCCAACUCUCGGUUAAUUACUAUGCCAGAUCAUGUCCUCAACUCGAACAACUUGUCGGAUCCAUCACAUCCCAACAGUUCAAAGCAUCGCCUGUGUCCGGCCCGGCAACCAUUCGCCUUUUCUUCCACGACUGCUUUGUAGAAGGCUGCGACGCAUCGAUAAUCAUAAACUCAAAGCCGGGCAACAAAAUGUUGGCCGAGAAGGAUGCAGCUGAUAACAAGGACCUGAGACAGGAAGGUUUUGAAAGCGUGAUGAAAGCCAAGGCUGUGGUGGAGAGCAAAUGUCCUGGUGUCGUGUCCUGUGCAGACAUACUUGCAAUUGCAGCCAGAGAUUAUGUCCACUUGGCAGGGGGUCCAUACUAUCAAGUUACGAAAGGGAGGUGGGAUGGAAAAAUAUCAAUGGCUUCAAGAGUGCCCUCUAAUAUUCCCCAAGCAAAUUUCACAGUGGAUCAGCUACUCGAACUCUUCAAUUCAAAAGGGCUAACACUUGAAGACUUGGUUGUUCUUUCUGGUGCACAUACAUUUGGCUUUGCUCAUUGCCGGAACUUUGUAAGCAGGCUGUAUGACUACCGGGGCUCGAAGCAGCCCGACCCAGCUAUCGACCAGAGACUCCUGAGGGCCCUAAGAAUGUCAUGCCCACAUUUUGGUGGAAAUGCCGACGUUGUUGCACCAUUUGAUGUGACUACGCCGUUUGUGUUUGAUCAUGCUUAUUACGGGAAUUUAGAGGCUAAACUGGGAUUGCUAGCUUCAGACCAAGCUCUAUCUUCGGAUCCAAGAACCAAGCCAAUUGUCCAGGCUCUGGCACAAGAUAAACAAAAAUUCUUUCAAGCUUUUGCGGUGGCCAUGGAGAAAAUGGGUUCAAUAGGUGUGAAAAGAGGAAGAAAGCAUGGGGAGAAAAGGAAGGAUUGUAGCCUGCAUAUGUUAUGAUAUAUUUUUAUUUGUUUUGAAUUACUCGAUUGAAUCUUGGGUAACUCUUUUUUCUUGGGUUACCCUUGGUUCGGCCUUUUUCUUCUCUUUUUCGUUGUUUUGGUUUGUUGUAUAUUGCUAGCCUAGCUACACGUUCAACGACCAUUGUAAUAUUACCAAGGAAUGCCGCCAACAUUUGAUGCUCUCUCUCUCUCUCUCUCUCUGAAAAAGCUCCAAAAGAAAACUUUGCUCAGCCGCCGGCCCUAGCCUUUGGCUUUUGGGUCUGUGGCAGUCCUCAAUCUCUCUUGCUUUCUUCUACUUUUCCUUCUUCUUUUCCUGUUUUUUUUCUUUUUCUAUGCUUUUUUAUGAGCUCUGUCUCAUCUAUCUAAGCUUUUGUCUCAGUUUUGUACCCUCUCCUCAGUCAACUGCCGCUCACCACCAUCCCCCUCCUCCCUCCCCAUCACACCCUUUUCUCCUACCUCCUUCUUCCUGCCCUUCAUCUUUUCCAACUCAUAACCAUGAAUUAGAUCUCUGAGUGUUGGGCUCUAUCUUGACACAAGGCCCAACCUUUAUAACUCACUGUCGAUCCGGCUUACCGAAAAAAUUGGACGAAGUAUGGAACGAUUCACGUCGGAACAAGGGUGUUAUACACACCCCCUUUGCCCUCCCCCUCCUCCUGUUACUUUUGGUGACUUUUCUUACAGGUGUGGCUAUGGAGGCUUUGGCUCUUGAUGGAUUGACUCUAUGUAAUACUCUUAGAUCUAGUUUUUGGUUCGGGUGUAGUUUUCAGUUUGGUGUGAUGUCUUCUUUCGCGGAGGUAGUAGCAGUUGUGGCGGUGGUGACUUUUCAGUUUGGUGUGAUGUCUUCUUUUGCGGAGGUAGUAGCGGUUGUGGCGGUGGUGACUGGUUUUUUUCUUCUGGAGCUUAGGGUUUUAAUGUUCAUUGCUUUUUUUGGUAGCCUACGGGCCUAAAUCUGUGUGGGCCUCCCUUUAUGGCUGGGGUUGUAGCUCUCUUUUUUGAGCUUGUUUUAUUGCGCUUGGUUUCUAUUUUAUGUUUACUUUGUUUUGUAAGACUUUGUGCUUUGUUUAGGUUUAAGCCUUUCUAAGUACAAAUUGGGUUUCCCUUUCA